UUUGUGUGUGUGUGUGUGUGUGUGUGUGUGCGUGCGUGCGUUGUGUUUCAGCGAGCGAGAGCAUGUUUUGAUGUCUGUGUGCAUCUCAACUUGGAGAGUGAAGAGUGUAAAUGAUGUGUCUGGGAAACCUGCAACGAGACGUCAACACACAGACAGAGCUCCUUCCAUCCAGCUGGGUUUCUCGCUGGGAGAUAUGCAGCCUCGUUUAGCUGCCAGACAGACGAGUAAUAUAUGGCCCUUGCUCCUGCCUCGCACACACGCGCACACACAAACACACACGCAUGCAGACGCACGCUUUCAAACAAAUACAUAACCACAUUAGAGCUUUCAGAAGCAACAGAGCCGUCCCCAUGUUCUUCACCCACAUUUCUCUCUCUUCCUCUCAUAUUUUUCCCCAUUUUUUUUUUAUUUUUAUUUUUUUUACUUGGAGGGGAUCCUACAGCAAAUUUGCGAGGAAGCUGUGCUGGUGAUCUUCGGUCUUGAUUACAAGGUGACAAGGAAAUAAGGAAAAGGAAAAGGAGACAGACAUUCCAUCACAGCCCCUGUGGAGCUUCAGCAGGGACAAACCUACCGGCAGUGAUUUCUAAUCGUGGACGAAGGCAGAACCCGCAAGGAGCAAGCAGGAAUGAGUCCCCUGAGAGGGUUCCCCUGGCUUUUGACAUGCCUGUAUGCAGCAGCGUUAGUGUGCGCAGGUGUGGGUGGGGCAAAGGUCAGCAAUGUUUCAGCGGAGGUUUGCCACCACCCGUGCGAUGAGCUGAUGGACUUGAUCACCGAGAUCCACGGCCUGCGGAUUGUAACCACCAACUUGCUCGAAGACCUGGAGAGAGUAACGAGAGAAAAUGAAGAGAUGCGGAUAUCUUUGGACGAGCUGAGCAACAGCGGCAGAAGAAGAGGCGGAAGCGGAGGCAGAGGCAGCGGUGGAGGUGGCAGUGGCAGCAGUGGUGGCAGCGGUGGUGGAGGUGGCAGUGGCAGCGGUGGCAGCGGUGGUGGAAGUGGCCGUGGCAGCAAUGGAGGAGGCGGCAGUGGCAGUGGCAGUGGUGGAGGAGGCGGCAGUGGCAGUGGUGGCAGCGGUGGCAGCGGUGAUGGAAGUGGCAGCGGUGGACGAGGUGGCAGUGGCAGUGGUGGCAGCGGUGAUGGAAGUGGCAGUGGUGGACGAGGUGGCAGUGGCAGUGGUGGCAGCGGUGAUGGAAGUGGCAGCGGUGGACGAGGUGGCAGUGGCAGUGGUGGCAGCGGUGAUGGAAGUGGCAGCGGUGGUCGAGGUGGCAGUGACAGCAGUGGUGGUGGUGGAGGUGGAGGUGGCAGCGACGGUGGAGGUCGUGGUGGUGGCGGUGGCGGUGGCGGUGGUCCUGGUGGCAGUGGUCAUGCCGGCGAUGGUCCUGGUGGCACUGGUCGUGACGGCGGAGGUCCUGGUGCCAGUGAUCAUGGCGGCGAUGGUCCUGGUGGCAGUGCUCAUGGCGGCGAUGGUCCUGGUGGCAGUGCUCAUGGCGGCGAUGGUCCUGGUGGCAGUGGUCAUGGCAGCGAUGGUCCUGGUGGCAGCUGGCGUUACGGCGGUGGUCCUGGUGGCAGUGGGCGUUACGGCGGUGGUCCUGGUGGCAGAGGUCAUGGCGGUGGUGGUCGUGGCGGCAGCGGCAACGACAUUGACAUUGACUUUGACUUUGACUUUGACUUCGACAGAAAUGGGGAGCUGUGGUGCAUGCAGGAUGGACGCGUGUACAAGCAAGGGGACGACUGGGAUUUCGACAGCUGCACCUCCUGCGCUUGCCAGGAUGGAAAGGUAGUGUGUCAUCAGGUGUUGUGUCCCCCUGUGUCCUGCAUCAAUCCGUCCUUCAUCGAUGGAGAAUGCUGCCCUGUGUGUCUAAAGAACAAAGACGGCUGGUCCCCGUGGUCUGAGUGGACCCACUGCUCGGUGUCCUGUGGACGUGGAGGGCAGCAACGGGGCCGAUCUUGCAACGGCAUCGCAACGUCCUGCAUCGGCCCAUCGCUCCAGACCCGAAGCUGCACGAUGACUAAGUGCAUUCGCAAGGCGCGUGCUGAUGGGAAUUGGGGACUUUGGUCUCCCUGGUCCGCAUGUACAACCACGUGCGGUGACGGCAGCAUCACGCGGGUCCGUCUGUGCAACAACCCUCCGCCACAGAAGGGCGGUAAAGGGUGCGCCGGCAGCGCCAGGGAGACUCAACCUUGCAAUAACACGCUCUGUCCGAUUGCUGGAGGCUGGACGGCCUGGAGCGAAUGGUCCGCCUGCUCGGAGUCAUGUGGCGGAGGCCUUAUCAGUCGUCAGCGAGAGUGCACGAACCCUGCUCCUCAGAACGGGGGGAGAAUGUGCGUUGGAGAUGCUGUCGACUAUGAAGCAUGUAACAAACAACCAUGUCCUAUAGACAUGUGCUUGCUCUCAAAUCCGUGUUUUCCUGGGGUGGAAUGCACAUCACACAGUGAUGGAUCGUGGGAAUGUGGACGCUGUCCGUUGGGUUUAGAGGGCAACGGCACUCAUUGUGAAGAUCUGAACGAGUGUGAAGUGGAGGAAGUGUGUGUCACAGAGUGCGUAAACACAGACCCUGGAUUCUACUGUCUUCCCUGUCCUCCUCGCUAUAAAGGCACCCAGCCUUACGGCCUCGGACUGCAGGCAGCCCUGACAAACAGGCAGGUUUGUGAACCGUAUAAUCCUUGCAAAGACAACACACACACCUGCCACAAGUAUGCCGAGUGCAUUUACCUCGGCCUGGCGUCUGAGGCCUUGUUCAAGUGCAUGUGUGCUGUCGGGUUUGCUGGCGAUGGCUUCCUGUGUGCUGAUGACUCCGAUCUGGACGGCUGGCCCAACUACAAAUUAACCUGCAAGAAGAAUGCAACCUAUCACUGUCAAAAGGACAAUUGCCCCUUGGUGCCAAAUUCUGGACAGGAAGACUUCGACAAGGACGGACUAGGAGACGCCUGCGACCCCGAUGAUGACAAUGAUGAAAUUAUAGAUGAGAGGGACAACUGCCCGCUGGUGUACAACCCUCGGCAGUUUGACUCUGACAGGGACGGGAUUGGAGACCGCUGUGACAACUGCCCUUUUGAUAGCAACCCCCUGCAGACAGACACCGAUGACAAUGGAGAGGGAGACGCCUGCAGCAUCGACAUGGACGGAGAUGAGGUUCUGAAUGAACGCGACAACUGUCCUUUAGUCUACAACACCGAUCAGAGGGACACAGACAUGGAUGGUGUUGGUGACCAGUGUGACAACUGUCCCCUUCUACACAACCCCCUGCAGAUGGACUCCGACAGCGACCUGGUGGGGGACAUGUGUGACGACAACGAGGACAUCGACGAGGACGGCCACCAAAACUCUCUAGACAACUGUCCCUACAUCCCUAAUAGCAACCAGGCCGACCAUGACGAUGACGGAAAAGGAGAUGCAUGCGACCAUGACGAUGACAAUGACGGUAUCCCUGACGACCGGGACAACUGCAGACUGGUGCCCAACAGCGACCAGCUGGACUCUGAUGGUGAUGGCAGUGGGGAUGCAUGCUUUGAUGACUUUGACAACGACAGUAUUCCAGAUGCGCUGGAUCCCUGUCCACUAAACCAGGAUAUCGGGUCAACAGACUUCAGGAAGUUUCAGGUUGUUUUGUUGGACCCUAAAGGCACCACACAGUCUGACCCUCUCUGGGUGAUCCGGAGUCAGGGUAGAGAACUGCUACAGGCUGCAAACUCAGACCCUGGGAUCGCCUUAGGAUAUGACAAGUUCAACGCAGUGGACUUCAGCGUGACGUUUUAUGUGAAUACCAACCGAGAUGACGACUAUGCGGGCAUUGUGUUCGGCUAUCAGUCCAGCCGACGCUUCUAUGUGGUCAUGUGGAAACAGGUGUCUCAAGCCUACUGGGAGAAGAAGCCAUCCAAAGCUUUUGGCACCGCUGGAGUCUCCAUCAAACUGGUCAACUCCAGCACAGGACCAGGGGAGUAUCUCCGCAAUGCUCUGUGGCACACUGGAAACACCAGACACCAGGUCAGAACAUUGUGGCAUGACCCCAACAAAAUUGGCUGGAAGGACUACACAGCGUACCGCAUGCACCUCAUCCAUCGACCCAAGACCGGAUUCAUCAGGGUGGUGGUGCAUGAGGGCAGGGAGAUCUUGGCGGACUCUGGGGCCGUGUACGACCACACCCUGGCUGGAGGUCGACUGGGACUAUUUGUCUUCUCUCAGGAACACGUUCUAUUCUCGGACCUCAGAUAUGAGUGCAGAGAUAACUGAAUUAUUUUCUCGGGAUAUCCAGGAAACUUCACAACGACUCUCCAGAGAUCCAGAUUAACUUCAGAAAAGCUUAAUAUACCAGAACCAGAGAGAGGGAGGAUGCACCAGACUCAUGCCUUUAUCCAGCCAAGACUAUCAAUUAGUGACCAUCAUCUAUCUAUCAGCUUCCUAUGCAACAGUAUUGAUUUCCGGCCGUCUCAUUCGCUGUAUAUUACUGCUCUAACAGCCUCUCUGAUGACAGUAACUUCUCAUUGCUUUUCAUUUGCACUCAUCUAAUGGUUGUAAAUAAUUAUUUAUUGCCAGAUGCCAGAUAUGAAAGGGGGGGAGAUAUGAGGAUAAAUUAAAGAUGGGAUAAGCAGAGCUCGUGCCUGAUGGUAACUUAUCAAUAAAACUCUUUGUCAGAAUCAGUGGCUUUUCUCCUGCUCCUUUUCUGAUGGCGAGUACGCUGAUGAUUGUGGAAAAACGUGGACUCCAGCGCCUUCUACUGGCGAAAGUAAUUACUGCAGACGUUGAUUCAUCCAUUACAAACUGUAGUGACGCCUUCAAACUAU